AUGGCUGCGCGCAAGACGUGUGACAGCGGCCGUGUGGCCUCCACCCUGUGCUACUGCAUGACGGUCACCGGCAUGGUGGUUCUGGUGGCCGGGACACUCUGCUUCACCUGGUGGAGUGAAGAAGAUGCAGAAGAAGAGCGCCAGCCGGCUCUGCCCACAGGACGCCCUGAGCCUGAGGCCCCCGGUCCCCUGUUCAGGUCGGUCAGCUUCUUCUGCUGCGGUGCAGGUGGCCUGCUGCUGCUCUUCAGCCUGCUGUGGUCUGUCAAGGCCAGCACCAAGGGGCCGCCUCGAUGGGACUCAUAUCACCUCUCCAGAGACCUGUACUACCUCACUGUGGAGCCCUUGGAGAAGGAGAGCUGCAGGACCCCAGAGGUGGUUGCCAUUCCCACUUAUGAGGAGGUCGUGCACUGCCGACUGGCUGAGGGGCCCCUGACACCACCUGCAUACCCCGUGGAGGAAGACCCGGAGCGCAGUGCCUCGGGGGAUGCCCUGCUUGGGGCCCAGCCCCCCUUGCCUCCGCCCAGCUACGAGAGCCUCAUCCUUGCUGACGGUGGCUUCUCUGGAGAGACAACACCUGGGGCUGCGUGCUCCUGCCCAGGCCCGGUUCAGAUUGCAGGGGAGGAAGUUAAAGGCUUCUAGCAGGCCUGGAAGCCAGAAACAAAUGAUGGGCUUCUUCUAGCAUCUGGUACAGUGCCUGGUACACAGCAGGCACUCAGUGUUGCUGAAUGCUGUUUUAUUUUUCUAUUGCUAUGUAACAAAUGGCUUGAAAUAAAUCCAUUUC